AUUAGCAAUAGCAGCCUUCGUCACUCUUAUCAAGGGAGGCCGCUGCUGCUCGAGACACGGCGUCUUUGAUGGGACAGCAACUGCUGCGCGAUGACCGACGAGCUUGCAAGACCCUGAGGCGAUUGCGAGAUGCACAGGAGGCUGCUUUUCUUGUGCUGUUGGCUGCUGUUCCUCGAUCUUUGCCGCACAGUCAAUCCAGGUUGCUCUUGCGUCGUGUACAGCAGCCGCUACAAUCCCCAGGGCGGUAGCUUCACGUCGCCCGACUUUCCUAAAAGAUACCCAACUAACGUUGACUGCCUACUCUAUACCUUUCACGGCCACGAGGAUGAGAUUGUCGAGCUGACCUUUCACCAUUUCAACACCCGCAGCACCUAUCCCAACUGUGCCCGAGGCGACUACCUAAAGGUAUUUCUUCACUUGGAGCCAGAAGUACGUGGUGUUUCAGAAUACACGCCUUGGUCAGGACUACUAUGUGGUAACCUAGCUGACGUGCCUCGAGUCCUUUACAGUUCGGGCCCAACUCUUAUUUUUGAGUUUCAUACCGAGGCUGAACGUGCCGCUGGUUGGCCUGCCAAUCUCACUGGCUUCUCUGGAACUUUUCGAUUCAUCGAUAGACGUAUCUUCGAGACUGACGGCCAGCUCGUGCCUAACAAGAUGUGCGAUUAUCAGUUCGUCAGCUCGCAAUUCACACCGCAGCACGGACACUUCUACUCGCCUCGAUACCCAGCCCCAUACCCGGAGAACAUCCACUGCCAAUAUCACUUUCGAGCGAGGUUGAAAGAGCGGAUACGAGUAGUCUUCGAGGAGUUAUUGCUCGAAAAAGGUGAUGCAAGUUGCCUGAAUCGAGCUGACCUAAUAAGGAUACACGACGGUGGUGAUACAGAUCGUCCGACAAUAUCAGUGCUAUGCAAUCAAGAUACCGAAGUAGAAGUGCUGAGUACUGGGCCUGAGUUACUCAUUGACUUCGUUGCCAAUUCCAAGUGGCCUGGACAAGGAUUCAAGGCUACUUUUCAGUUCCAACCCAUUGAUGACCACCUCGCAGAGCCGGACAAGCUCGUCCCCAGCGGCAGCAGGCGCUCGCUCAUCGGGCCAGCAGUCAGCGCUACUAGUGAGUAUCAACAGCCGCCUGCAUAUACUUACGUGCCAAGAAGUAUACCGCUAUUCCCCGGCUCUCCUUUCCUGCUCUCCAGCUCUACGCUCAAAGAACAUUCAGAUUUACGACGCUCGACUCUCUCGCGUUAA